UUUCUAAAGAAAAUUUCUUUGGAAUCCAAUGGUUAUAAAGCUUGCUAAGCUACAUUGUCAACUAUCUACCUACUGCACUGAUAAAGGAUCGCCAUGGGAGGAAUCGAUCAAGCUUUUGUUCAAGAACCAGAACAAAGGCCAAAACCAAGUACAAUCGAAGUCGAUGGAAUCCCAGUGAUCGACAUGUCGGUUUCCGGCACCGGAGGAAUCGAAAAACUGGCUUCGGAGAUCGGUAAUGCGUGCCGGAAAUGGGGUUUCUUUCAAGUGAUCAACCAUGGGGUGCCUUUGGAAUUACGCCAAAGAGUCGAGAAGGUGGCUAAAGCGUUCUUCGAUCUUCCCAUAGAGGAAAAAAGGAAAGCUAAGCGAGAUGACUUGAAUUUUACGGGUUACCAUGAUGAAGAACAUACUAAGAAUGUUAGAGACUGGAAAGAGGUUUUUGAUAUGUUAAUUGAAGACCCAACAUUUCUCCCAGCUUCGCCGGAUCCCGAUGAUGAGGAAAUAAGGACGUACAGUAACAAAUGGCCUGAGAAUCCCCCUGAGUUUAGGGAGACAUGCCAGGAGUACUGUAGAGAGGUGGAGAAACUGGCUUUCAAAUUGCUGGAACUCAUAUCUUUAAGCUUAGGUUUGCCUGCUAACCGGUUGAGUGAUUUCUUUAAACACCAAACUGGUAUGUUGAGGCUGAAUUACUAUCCUCCUUGCCCUUCACCCGAGCUAGCACUUGGCGUCGGUAGGCAUAGGGAUGGUGGUGCCUUAACUGUUCUUGCUCAGGACGAUGUCGGUGGAUUACAAAUUAGGAGGCAAUCAGAUGGGGAGUGGAUUCCUAUCAAACCAAUCCCAAAUGCCUACAUCAUUAAUAUUGCUGAUGCUCUUCAGGUCUGGAGCAAUGAUCUUUAUGUGAGUGCGGAGCACAGAGUUGUGGUGAAUUCCGAACAGGAAAGAUUUUCGAUUCCGUUAUUCUUCUUCCCUUCCCACUAUGUCAAAGUGGAGCCUCUAGAGGAGCUAGUGAAUGAGCAAAACCCAGCGAAGUAUAAAGAAUAUAGCUGGGGAAAGUAUUACAUUAAUCGAACCGGCAGCAACUACAAGAAACUCGAGGCUGAAAACCUUCAAAUCGACCAUUUCAAGACGCCAGAAUCCAAAUAAUUGCUGCACUCUAUCAUCUCUGAUUCUAAACCAUUACCCGUUUUUUAGUUUCAGCUUCAAGUUCUCAUCAUAUGAUAUAAUGAACAUAGUUUGUAUCAUAUAGAAAAAUAUGCUUUUAGUAUGUUUCGGCUACGUGAUUAUAUGCUUUUAGUAUGUUUAGGCUACGUGAUUAUAUGUAAGAUUUUAAGUUGAAUAAAAAGAUUGUUUUCA